AUGUACGACCUGUGCACCCGGCCUGAGCAGCCCGAGCCUGCACCGGCACACGCAGGGAUGGAGAGCCAGGUGUCUGAGGCUCUUGGGCGACAGCAGCCGGAGUUGAGGGGGUCGGAAGAGCGGGACGAUGAGCAACGGGGGCUCUUGGACAAGGCAGUCCCAGCCACGGCUAAUAUCACUUCGACGUCACUGUUGGGGAAAAGGCACCACUCGCUUUAUGCAAACCUCAAUGGUUUUGAAGCGGAAGGCAUUCGCAAGAAUGGCACCGACUACGGUUUCCUGGUGCGUCAGAACUCUGAGCUCCUGCGAGCCCUCGACGAGCUGGAGAAGACUUGCACCACACUGAAGGAGGAGAACGGCCUGCUGCGGAAGAGCAGCGCCCCGGAGACCGAGGAGAAGGUCAGGCGUCUGAGGAGAAAGAACACCGAGCUGUCUGUUCUCGCUAAGAGGCUGGAGGAGAGGGCUCGGAAGCUGCAGGAGGCCAACCUCAGAGUGGUGAACUCCCCGUCACUGUUGAGACCCGGGUCGGUGGAGCACUACAAGAGGGCGUUCGCCCGUCAGCGAGCUCGCGACCUCGCCCAGCACGCCGACCUGCUGCUGUCUAAGGACAAGGAGAUCGCCGCCCUACAGCAAGAGUGCCGAGAGCUGGAGGCACGGCAGGGCGUCACGAAGGGCUCCCCUGUUCCAUCUGGCAGAGUGGAAUUUGAGAGGCUUCUCAGGGAGUCUCAGAGGGAAGUGCUGCGGCUCCAGAGGCAGCUGUCCAUCACCUCAUCCAGACAGCAGCACAGCCACAGUCCCGACCCCAGGGGCCCAGAAAGGUGUGGGGGAAUCGAGGAGGAAGAUGAGGAGGAGAAGGAAGAGGAGGAAGACAAGGUUGUAGGAGAGACCCCGUGUGUGGUAUUAGAUGAAGCUCCAUCCAGGUGUGAGAAGACUCCCGGAGAGGAGGAGGAGUCGGGGCUGCGAGUGACGCCCCAACUGGGCCUUAGCCCGUCCCCCUCCCGUCAGGAGGAGCACACAGAGGAGCAGCAUCUACAGUUUCUGGAAAGCGAGCUGAGCAAGAAGAGAAAAGAAUGUGAAAACCUCGAGCAUGAAGUAAAGAAGCGACAGAAGAGAUGUCUGGAUUUGGAGAGCCAGCUUGAGGAUGAGCGAGGCAAAAAUGAGCAACUAAAGGAGGAGGCAGAUCUCCUCAGGAGGAAGGCACAGCUGCUCGACCAGACUCGGGCUGAGAAUGAGGAGCUGAGGGAAGAUCUCUCUGAAGUGACCGCUCAACACAACUCAGUUCUCGAGGAGAACCAGAGACUCCGUGCCAAACUGGAGAACCUAGAGCAGGUCCUAAAGCAUAUGCGAGAGGUCGCCGAGCGAAGGCAGCAGCUGGAAUUGGAACAUGAGCAGGCACUGGCUAUCCUUAAGUUCAAACAGGAUGAAAUCAAACGGUUACAGCGGGCUCAGUUAUAUGCCAAGAGGGAGCAUGAAGGAGUGGUUCAGGUGCUGGAGGAGUUGACUCAGCUUGUGUUGCAGAGGGAGCUGUCAAAGGUACGAGACCUGGAGGACAAGUGUCGCAGCCAGAGCGAGCAGUUUGGCUUGCUGUCCCAAGAGUUGGAGAAGUUUCGACUGCAGGCCUCCGCGGUGGACCUGGCCGGCGCCAGCCUCCUCAGCAAUCCCAGCCUCUCUCUUCUGACCAACGGGGUGGGUCCUGCAGAGCGAGAUGUGGCUGCCGCGCUGCGCCUCGGGGCCACCCCCCACGCUGCGGGGCUGUCCAGGUUGGAGCGCUCGCCCGUCACCAAGCAUCGAGAGCUGCCCACCAUCAGCGUCAGCAAGUCAGGCUCGUCCUCCAGCAAGUCCGAGACCGUGCACCUCACCCCCAAGUCUGACACGCACCUCAGUCCGCACAAAUCAAGCCCCACACAUGAGGUGGACACCGCCAGUGAAGUGGAGGAGCUGGACAUUGACGUAGCUCCUGCUCCGUACACAGCCAGCAGAGGAGCAGCAAAGCUUCAGGUUUUCAUUGCGAGAUACAGCUAUAAUCCAUACGAUGGCCCCAAUGACAACCCUGAGGUGGAGCUUCCACUCACGGCUGGAGAAUACAUGUAUGUGUAUGGCGACAUGGACGACGACGGCUUCUAUGAAGGUGAGCUGAUGGACGGACGGAGAGGGCGUCCCUCUAACUUUGUGGAGCGCGUGUCGGACGACGAUGUCAUGAGCGGCCACCAUCCAGAGACGGGGGACGCGUCCCACAACUCCCUGCUAGACAACAGCCUGCACAGUGCCAGCCACCAGCAUCACCUCCAGGUGGGCGUCAGCGCCUCAGAAAGGGACAGAGGCCUCUGCCGCCUCUGGCCCUGCCUCAGACCCCCUCGGAUUCAUCAUCGGCCUUGGCUGUCCCAGCCCCACCUCACCAACGGCCUGGACUUGGAUUUGGAGGAGGUGGGAGUGGACAUUGUGCCUUACCCACGUAAGCUCACCCUCAUCAAAGCAGCUUGCCAAGAGCAUCAUCAUUCGGCUGGGACCCUCCGUUGGUGCCGGCCGGGUGGGGGCAAUGUGUGGAGCUACAAUGUGUACGUGGAUCAGGAGCUGCGGCUCAAACGUGCCCUUCGGUGCCCAAACCAAAGCGGUGCUGGAGCGGUUGGACAUAAACCUCAGGCCUACCGUGUGUCAGUGCAAAGCCUGACGAGAAGGGCCCCUCGGACUCAGCUGCGCUGCAGCAUGCUGGUCGGUCGGGACGUUUGUGUGGCGCCCACGCAGCUGCGCGCAGAGAGGAUCACCGCCACCUCUGCCAACCUGACCUGGCUGACCAGCAACAGUAACUAUGUGCACAUUGUGUCCUUGAACGAGGAGGAGUGUGAGCUGGUGAAGGCUGGCCGCAGCUCGCUGUGCCUCAAUAACCUCUUGCCCAGCCUGCAGUAUGCGGUCAAAGUGGAGGCACGCCGCACCGCACGCCCAUGGGAGUUACCCGUGGAGCGACGCGAACACAGGAGCGCCUCCAUCACCUUCACCACGCUGAUGGCAGGACCCCCUGAUGCCCCUUCUGAUGUACAGCUGGAGCACGGCCCCUCCCCGGCCAUCGCCCUCAUCAGCUGGCUGCCAGUCACUAUCGAUGCUGCCGGGACCUCCAACGGAGUCCGUGUCACUGGAUACACUAUAUAUGCUGACAAGAAAAAAGGCACGAACUUUAAAGUGCUGGAGGUGUCUUGCCCAACAGCCGGCAGUGCCCUGCUGGGCCCCUCUCAGAUGCAGUCCCUGCUGGCCGCUCAGGAGCUCACUCUCCGCACCAUGUCCGCCCACGGGGAGUCCUGCGACUCUCUGCCAGUCAAUGUGGCCCACCAAGCUGGCCGCCAUCAUGGCGGGUCCAGCUACUUACCGCCCCAUUUGUGCAACCCCAACCCCGCACACCUGCAGGCUGCAGCCCCCCUGUCCUCGCCGCCGUCCUACGGGAACUCUGCUGCCAAAGUCCUCCCACGCUGCCCAGCGCUUUUCUUCGAGGACCCCGGUGCCCAUCUUGCGAGCCCUGAGUGCAUCCCUACCCCGCCCAAAGCCCCGAUCACAGACUUCCUUAAUCCUCCAGACAUUACCUUCACCGGCCGCCCAAGCGCUCGCCGCUGGAGUCCGAAGCCGAGGAGGAGCGAGAGAAAUUCCCGCUUGGUGUCCAUGGAGGAGUUCUUGAGACAGGACCAGGACCAGGAGCCAGCGUACUGUAGGACGCAGCAGGUCAGCAAUGAUUUCUUGGAAAAUGAAGUUACAGCCGAGGGCUUGUGGAGCCUCCCAGGUGAGUACCACGCAGACAACAGCCGGUCAGAUCUGUCUGACAUCCUGGAAGAGGAGGAGGAGGACUUCUACUCUGACCACCUCGGAGACCGCGCAGGAGCCCGGGGCUACAUAUUCAGAGCGAACAGGUCGCGUCAGUUGGAGCCUUCAGACAGUGAUGAGGAGGUGCUAGAGAGGAUCCUUAAGUUGCCUGCUCAGGUCCAGGCAGCACAAGAGCUGUUCAUCAUUCCCGAGGUGACCGAAGAGGAAGAUAGCAGUCAAGAGGAGCUUUCAACUCAGCCUUGGCCCAGGUCCGGCCACCGUGGCCCCAGAGAACUCGGAACGUUUUCACCGCGCCCCCCAGCAUCACUCCAACCCACACCCACACUUCCCCCCCUCACCAUCACCACCACAACAGGGAGUCCCAGAUCCCUGACCAAAGAGCCUUUACUCAGGCAGGUCAAGCCGAAGACGCAGCACAGGGUGCACUACGCAGACACCGUUGACACCAUCAACCCAAAGAUCAAAAGAGACGGAGACAUACGUAUCUUUGUGGCCCUCUUCCCUUAUGAUCCUGCCUCUAUGUCACCCAAUCCUGACGCUGCCGAGGAGGAGCUGCCCUUUACUGAAGGACAGAUCAUCAAAGUUUACGGAGAUAAAGACGCAGACGGGUUCUACCGAGGGGAGUGCGCCGGUCACCUGGGCUACGUGCCGUGCAACAUGGUGUCUGAGAUCCAGGUUGAGGAUGAGGAGACCCGGCAGCAGCUACUGCGACAGGGCUUCUUGUCCACGGCGGCCUCCAUGGAGAGAUAUCCCAGCCUGCCCGCCGCCGCCGCCGCGGCUCCAGCAGCUAUGGGCAUCCCGGCCCCAGGAGCACGCAAGAUGGUCGCCAUCUUUGAUUAUGACCCACGAGAGAGCUCCCCCAACACUGACAUCGAGGCUGAGCUGACCUUCAGUGCCGGAGACAUCAUCCACGUGUUUGGUGACAUGGACGAAGAUGGCUUCUUCUACGGAGACUUGAAUGGACACAGCGGCUUGGUGCCCUCCAACUUCCUGCAGGCCGUCCCAGAGGACGCUCCGGCCAAAGCCCUCUCUGCUCAGCCUGCACCAGAACCCAGGAGAGAAUCACAGGGUACCCGGACGACUUCCACGGAGCCACAAGGACCCGGGCCCUCGACCCCAGAAGAGGCUUCGUACCCACAAACAGAAACUCCUUUCCCAGACCCAACAGACCAGACUGACCCACCACCCAAACUGGCCCCCGCUGCAUGCCCCGCGUCAGACCUGGACCCUGCACCAGACCCCGUUCCGGGACCUGCUCCGGGGCCUGCUCUGGGUCCAGCAGCAGCGGGGGCCUGCUGCUCCCCCCCGGCCCCCCUCCCAGCAGACAGCCCGACGCAGACGGACCGCUCUGCACAGGGCAAGAAGAAGAAAAGCUUUUUCUCUAAAGGCAAGAAGCUGUUCAAAAAGCUGGGAUCCAGCAAGAAAGACUGAGUCAGCAGUUGUGGCUCAGAAUACUCGCGUCACAUUGAAAGCACUUUUUCUAUCCUCACCGUGAGUCUCGGUUGGUAGCCGGUGCGGUUCGGCCAUCGGAUCUCAUAGCCGUUGCUCCAGCCGUCAGUAAUUCUACAUUUGCCUUAGAGCACUGCUAGCAGCUGUUAAAUAUUGGAGUCCAUCAACAUACUGCUUACAGCAUCACACUGGCAUGUUGAAGUGCAUGUUGAAGUGUGCAAACACCAGUAUACUCUCUAAAUACUACCUAACGAAGCAUUUGCAAAAAUGUGAAGCUCGACACAAACCACUUAGUUGUCUCUUAAUGGAUCGGUUAUAUUUAGAACAACUAGGAACCGAGCGAUGUUGAACAGCGGGCCCGACUCCAGCCCGGUUCAGACGCAGCUAAUUAAAUAUUAGCUCUAAUGUUCAUGUACUGGUGCCACUUUAUUUAUUUGAGGCAAACGAACAGAAGCAGCAGCAGCCUGUCUCUUCCUCUGUGUGACUAUGAAUGCACAUCGCAUACCCUGUGUUUCUCGUUUUUAAGUAUUUACACAGUACUUUGUACAGAACAGGAUAUUUAUUUCGUAAAACCUAACCUACUCCACAUUGCAUGAAGUGACAUCGGGGCAGAAGGUUUAGUCAUUUAGAGCCGAGAUGAUCCGUGUAGGUUAGAUCGAGCUAGUUAUGGGGUGUCGAGGUUAACAGUAGAGAUUGUUUAUCGAAGGUAAAGAAUGCGAAGAGUUACCCUUCUUUUGUGUGUGUGUGUGUGUGUGUGUGUGUGUGUGUCCACUGAUGAGACUGAAAACAAGAUGCCUCUGGUCAUCAAUAAGCUCUGUUAGCUAAUAGUGCUGCAGCGAAUGAUAAUUAUUAAGUCAUUAUCGAUUAAUGAAUUAAUCGUUUGACCUGUAAAACAUAAAAAUCUGUCAUGGGAUGUCUUGUUUUGUUCCACCAACUGUUCGAAGAUAAGCAAUUUAUUAUGAUGUAGAGAACAAAGGAAAUUCUCUUAUUUGAGAACCUAAAAUAUUUUGUGCAUUUUCUUAAUUGAUGAUCGUUUUUCAAAAAUAAUUGCCAAUACAUUUUCCCUCCAUCAACUAAUCCAGGGGUUUUCAAAGUCUGACAGGACAGUGUGCCCCGCCCCCUUGAUCAAAAUCAAUAAACCCCACCCUGCUCCCAAAUAGUUUGAUUUUAUUAUAAAUAUGUGUAUAAGAUGAAUAGAGGAGACUGAGUGUUACAGGAAUAUAAGAACCAUGUCGAGCCAUAGCGCUGUCAAAGAACUAUUGGAAAAAGUUCAUUAGUAUGGCCUUUUGUCUCUUAUUAUUAUUAUUAUUGUUCUGUUUUAGGGGGAUAAUUGUGCUCUAAUGUUUGGAACUGCAUGUCCUAUGAUCUAUGAUUGUAGGGGCUUCAGGGGAUGUAAACAUGUAUAAUGUUGCCACAGGGUCAACGACUUCGCUGCGGGCUACACAUUUAAUAAUGCCCUAUUUUUUUAGCCCAUAUUUGUUGGUGGACAGUUUGAAGACCUCUGGACUAGCCCUCGCUAAUUAAUACUCCAAAAUCACAAUACUCAAAGUAAAGUGUGUGUGUGUGUGUGUGUGUGUGCAUGUGUGUGCAUUGAGUCAGACAGGCUGAGUUUAUUGUGUCCACACAUUUGCAUCAGAACAUUUUAGACUUUGGGUGAAGCUAAAUAACGACUUGAGCAAUAUUGCGCGUUGUGCUCUGCAAUACUAAUAAUACACAAAAUAGAAGCAUUGUGCAUCUUGUUGUGCGACGGCUUGCUUCAGGAUGGAGUAAAGCUCUUCGGUGUGCGGCCCUUAGUAUUGAGCGCAUUAGUCCUGUUAGCGGUGCGACGCGGGGCUGUUGGGUAACUUCUCAGGUUUUCACUUGUAGUUUCUUCUCAGAUGCUGAGCCACCCGUUGACUCCGGCUGUUGAAAACUGCAGGAUUAUGCCAAAAUCGUAGGUGCUUUGCCGGUUACCGUAGCGACGAGAGGCCGAGCAUCCGGCAGCGGGGUGGGGGGGUUGUUCUGUGGCUAAUCCGACUCGAAGCGCGGAGCUUCGCCUUUUGAAGGUCAGACCUGAUUUCACACCCGAUGACACAAGUCGGAGGCAAAUAAUAAUUGUUUUCUUCUUUAAUGUUCUGAAUGUUUUAAUUGUUUGUCAGCGUUACAUAAAGGGAGCAUGACGAUGCCAAGAGCCACGGGAGGGCGGGUCGACAAAGACACUUUAGAGAGCCGGGACGGAGGCAACACUGAGGCUGUGUUUUUAUUUAUUUAUUUAUUUCUCAUCUUUUCUUUUUGUUUAUUUUUCUCAAAGACGGUCGAAUGCUCAAAAGUUGCCGAAAUGUACAGCGAAUAUUUGUACCGCUCCUGUAUUUGACGGCCUUCAAUGCACAAGUUUUUCUUCUUCCCGCUGUGUAGUGAGUACUGUUGACUGAAUAGGACCUCGGCCCAUAUAGUGUUUUAGUUGAUCAUAUUUAGCCUUACAAGAAGACCUUGUUUAGUCUUAAUAUGUUGUUUACAGGAUGUUCAUUGACUGCAUGCAUACCAAUGUCGUACCCAUGUUCGGCCUUAUUUAUGUUACUGCUCAUAUUUAUGUUUUUCCAGGGCGGACCUGUCUACAAUGUUUGAGUUGUAGAUUGUCAAUGCAGUGGAAAAGAAGCUGUGUGUGUAUAUAAUGAACAGUGUUGGACUUGUGGCAUAUUUUCAUAAAGCGCGGUAAACUUUU